CAGAGCUGUAUAUAUAACCUCAGGAGCUCAGUGCUCCUCACAUUGCCAGCAUCUUCUCUCCUCACUCACCCUUCCUGGUGCUUUGGGCUCCCCUUCCUCCUUAGAUAAGAUGUCUUAUCAGAAAAAGCAGCCCACCCCCCAGCCCCCAGUGGGCUGCGUGAAGACCUCUGGCGGCGGUAGCGGUGGCGGAGGCAACGGCGGUGGCGGCUGCGGCUUCUUCAGCGGUGGCGGCAGCAGCGGUUCUGGCUGCGGCUACUCCGGCGGCGGUGGCUACUCUAGCGGCGGCUCCGGCUGUGGCGGGGGCUCCUCCGGGGGUGGCGGCAUUGGAGGCUGCGGAGGGGGCUCCGGUGGGAGCGUCAAGUACUCCGGGGGCGGUGGCUCCUCCGGGGGCGGUGGCUCCUCCGGGGGCGGCUCUGGCUGUUUCACCAGCGGUGGGGGAGGUUCCGGCUGCUUCUCCUCCGGUGGCGGCGGCUCCGGCUGCGGCGGCGUCUCCUCUGGGGUCGGCUCCGGCUGCUUCUCCGGCGGCGGCGGCUCCUCGGGUCAGGCGGUCCAGUGCCAGAGCUACGGAGGUGUCUCCAGCGGCGUCACUAGCGGCGGCUCCUCCAGCGUGGGCUCCGGCUGCUUCUCCAGCGGCGGGGGCGGCGGCUCUGGCUGCGGCUACUCCGGCGGCGGCUCCGGCUGCGGCGGCGGCGGCUACUCCGGCGGCGGCUCUGGCUGCGGCGGAGGCUCCUCUGGCGGCGGCGGCUCCGGCUACGUCUCCUCGCAGCAGGUCACCCAGACCUCGUGCGCGCCCCAGCCGAGUUACGGAGGGGGGUCGUCCGGCGGCAGCGGCGGCAGCGGCUGCUUCUCCAGCGGCGGGGGCGGCGGGGGCUCCGGCUGCGGCGGCGGCUCCUCCGGGGUUGGCAGCGGCUGCGUCAUCAGUGGCGGGGGCUCAGUCUGCGGAGGUGGCUCCUCUGGGGGCGGCGGCAGCUCCAGCUGUGGCGGUGGCUCCUCCGUGGGGGGCUCAGGGAGUGGCAAGGGCGUCCCGGUCUGCCACCAGACCCAGCAGAAGCAGGCGCCUACCUGGCCAUCCAAAUAGGUCCCCCAGGGUACCACGGAGGCGAAGGAGUUGGAGGUGUUUUCCAGGGGCGCCGAUGGGCUUAGAGCUCUCAUGAUGUUACCCAAGGUUUGCAAAUCCUUCAUGUCUUAACCUACCUGGAAGAAGCCAUUAAGCUCUCCGGCUGCAACUAGUGCUGCUGUUUAGCCUCUUUGGUUUCUGUACAACUACCUCCCAACCCCAGUGCCUCAGUCAAUAAAUGUGCAAAUUUA